UAGCCCAGCAUACAAAACAACAACAACAAAUUUAACGACGACGGGAGUAAAUAGUAAAUAAAAAGUGUUACAAGACAUGUUGAAAGAUGUGGUCAACCAUCUCAAAUGUAUAUAGAACUUCAAUACCUCUAUGCCAUGCAUGUAGGCACCAAGCCCAUUUUAACAGACAUUAUGUUGCAAUUCACACACAGCGGUCAAACAAGUUCGCGUGUUGGUUAAAACUGGAAUCAGCUACUGCAUAUUUCAAAUUCAUUAGUGAACAGACUUGGAAGUCAGGGAAGUUGGAUGUGGCCAUUAGAAGUCAAGGUCAUCUGAAUGGAAUGGAAAUUGUUGAAAGGCAAGAUUCCACAGGAAGACAAACUGACACACCAAAUACCAAAGAAACAUGUAUUCAAUCAAAAACUGCAUUUGAAAAUAAAGAUCAAAAGUUCAUCUGUGCAUUACACAGGGCACGUUAUGAACAUAUUUCAAAGUUACACAGUCAGACAUGUAACAUAAUAAAUACUUGGUUGUUUGACAAAUCUGACUUGAAAAUGGUGGAGGAAGAAAACAGGAAGGUGAAUAUACUUAAAUGUUUGACAGCUUUUCAGAGAAGAAAGUGUACGUUUAGGGUCAGCAGUAUUAAGCCAUGCAAAUACAAUCUUUUUAAUGGACUUAUUCCAGUGAGUGGGAAACUUCUUAACAGAAAAACAAAAUAUUGCUACGCAACUGAGUGCUCAUUUCAUACGUCAGCAGAGAAAUGGUGUUCACACGGUGAUCAGGGAGGCAGUAUUAGACAGCAGCCUCCCUGGAGAAUACUGUUCUUUGGUACUGAUGACAUUGCGCUUCCCACCUUGAAAGAUUUAUAUAUUGAAAUGAUCAGUAGAGGAACUUUAGUAGAAUCCUUGGAGGUUGUCACGGUGAAGGAACAGCGAGCAGUCCGUGCCUUUGCAGAGAGAGUACAUUUGAAGAUACAUGAAUGGCCAGUUGCCAUAGAGACAGAGAAAUAUGAUGUUGGCGUCCUUGUGUCAUUUGGUCACCUCAUACCUGAUGCUGUGAUACACAUGUUUCCAUAUGGAAUUCUCAACAUGCACCCUAGUCUGUUGCCCAGAUGGCGUGGAGCUUCACCUGUGAUUCACACAGUUCUAAAUGGAGAUGAUGUGACAGGGGUUUCUGUGAUGGAGAUUCGACCGAAACAUUUCGAUAUUGGACCCAUCCUACUCCAGAGAAAGUGCCAAGUCCCACACCGAUGUACGUCCUUCCAGCUAGCAGAUAUUCUAGGACGCUUUGGAGCCAGUAUGAUGUUAGAGUGUUUAAAAGAUCUUCUGACCCUCGAAAGAUUGGAACAUGAGCAGGACAGGAGUGGUAUAACAUAUGCACACAAACUUAAGCAUAAGAAUGCCAACAUAGACUGGGAAAAUAGUACUGCAGAGGAAAUAGAUUGUCAGUAUAGAGCCAUCUCAGAACUGAUACCUUUGAAAACAGAGAUGAAUGAGCAUACAUUAAAACUGUUUGAUGUGGUUGACCCUUGUCUUUUACAAGAAAUAGACAGAAGGGAUGUCCGUGGUUACCAUGGAGACAUAAUCAGUGCUGAACCGGGGACUGUUGUUUAUCAUAAACAUUUGAAAUGUAUUGUAGUCAAAUGCAAGAGUAGAUUAAUUGGAUUCAGGAAGGCUGUGUUUCGAAGAAGACUGACUGGUUUAGAUUUCUUCAAUGGUUACAUUAAUAAGAAUAUGUGCACGAAAUUUACGAGCCUUGACAAUGAUUUGAAUAAGUAUAUAAAAGUAGAGAAGAUUCCUGUGAAAUCAAAGGCUUAACAUAGACUGUGCUUUUACAGACUCUGUUUAUUGCUAAAUUCAUGUCUGUUAAAUUUGUAAUUGAAGCUGCUCACAAGCAAAAAAAAAUGUGAUUUCGUCUUUUGAGUUUUAUUAGCUCACCAGAGCACAAAGUGCUUAAGGUGAGCUAUUGUGACUGGUCAUUGUCCGGCGUCCGGCGUGUGUCGUGCAUUGUACUUCGUCUGUCAUGCGUCGUCCAUCAACAUUUGCCUUGUGAACACUCUAGAGGCCACAUUUAUGACCCAAUCUUUAUUAAACUUGUUCAGAAUGUUUGUCUUGAUGAUCUCUAGUUCAAGUUCGAAACUGGGUUAUGUGCAGUCAAAAACUAGGUAAGUAGGCUAGAUCGAAGAAAAAGCUUGUGAACACUCUAGAGGCCACAGUUGUGACUCAAUCUUGAUGAAAUUUUGUCAGAAUGUGCGAUCAAAAAGUAGGUCAGUAGACCAGAUCAGAGGUAAAACUUGUGAACACUCUAGAGGCCACAGUUGUGACCCAAUAUUUAUGAAGCUUUGUCAGAAUGUUUGUGUUGAUGAAUUCUAGGUCAAAUUCGAAUCUGGUUCAUGUGGGGUAGAAACUGGAUCAGUAGGCCAGAUCAAAGGAAAAGGUUGUGAACACUCUUUAAGAGGUCACAGUUUUGACUCAGUCUUUAUGAAACUUGGUCAGAAUGUUUGUCUUGAUGAUCUCUAGGUCCAGUUUUAAUCUGGGUCAUUUGGGUCAAUAAUUAGGUCACAUGGUCAAAUCAAAGGAAAAGUUUGAGAACACUCCAAAGGCAACAGUUGUGACUCGAUCUAUAUGAAACUUGGUCAGAAUGUUUGUCUUGACGAUAUUUAAGUUAAAUUCGUAACUGCGUCAUUUGGGGUCAAAAACUAGGUCAGUAGGCCAGAUAAACUCUGGUGAGCGAUAUACGGCCAUUAUGGCCAUCUUGUUUAUUGUAUUUUUUAGUAAGUUGAGAAGAGUUGCAUGGGAUAUCAAACUUCACAAAAUUUAUAUUGAUAAAAUAAAGUAAAGAAAACUCUUA